AUGAGCGACGGGUCACACAUGACAGGAACUUCAACAUACCGGUCCAUCAUUGCUGCCGAGCUGCAGCGUCUGCACGACGAGAAUACUGCGAAGCAGCAGCAGGAAACUUUUCGCCGUGAGGCUCAGCGAGAUCACACGCGCAGUUUGGUGCGACUCAUGCAGCUUGACACUCGCGACGAGGCUAAAAUUGCCCUUCACGCCGGUUCGUUCUGUGCAUGCAUCUCGCAAAUCAAGUUGGUGGUGCUGAUGAAGCAUCUUGCUGCAUGUGUGCCUGCAUGUCUGCAAUCUUUAGAGAACGCUGCCCUUUACAACCAGCGCGCCGAGAUAUUGGAGCAGAUCCGCUUGUUGCAGGAUCGCUAUCUGGCUGAGAAGAAGAAGCUCCCUUCCAUCCCAGACAAGAAGGCGCGCCAUGAGAGACUGCAACGGUCGAAAGCUGUGCGUGACACGGGUGUGACGGCUCUACGCCACCACUUGGCUCAGUUAGAGGCCUCAGCACCACCUGUAGUGCGCCCAGGAAGCUCCUCGUACGCGAAAAACCUUAGUCGCGCAAUAACACCGGCAGGAAUUGUGUCACUCCGAGAGGUGGCGGUACAGAAGCCAAGUCGGCGAUCGAGAGUGUCGGCGACGGAGUAUAAACAGCUCAUGGACCAGAUCCGUGCGGUGAAGGUCGAACGCCAAACGAUGCACGAUCCUUAUGUGGCAAACUUAAAGCUCGCUCGUCUUUGGGAUCGCCUCCACGACACAGCGCGCUGUCUGGAGAACUAUGACGCCGCAUGCCAGGUGAUGAAGGAGAAAGACCUUACACGAAUUCCUCCAGAAGUACUGGAGGAAGUUCUAGAGAAGCAGCGGCAACGGCCGACACUGUGUGGAUCUGUGCAGCGAAGAGCGGCGCUGCAUUAUCUCUUCUCGCGGGCUCUCCAGCGGAAGCAACGUCAAGCAGCUGCCGACUUGCUUUCGAAGUUCAUUGAGCUUGCACUACCAGAGGACAGGUUGGAGGACGUUGCUUACGUGGACAGAAUUCUGCGCGAACAGGAAUACAUCGAAGAUCCGACGCUUGCGAGUCCUGACGAGAUCACAUUCGCUAUUCGAAAUACCAACAGCCUCGGCCACUUGACGGAUCUGCGUUUCAAAUUGCUAAAAGAGCUGCUUGAUACGUCACCGACAGAUCCAUAUCUCAUUGAGUCAGUGGCAAAUAUCCACGUCCGUCGAGGCGAAUUUGCAGCAGCUGAAGAGUUCACUUCUCGCUUUGUUGAACUGCCUUCUGUGAAACGGAUUUCGAUGUACGGUACUCUUGCCGAGCUGCGAUGUGGAAUGUAGGCUACUGCGAAGGGAUCGGUUAAAUUUUAUUGCUUUCAGAUUAAAGCUGGCUGAGGAUUAUGUUUCGAGGGUCCACAGAUUAUGUCUGACCAAAAGUAAUUUCAAUUUGUUAAUGGAAACAGAUAAA